CUACAUGUAAAUAUUAUGGUGCGUAAGGGUGUAAUCUGUUGUACGGGGUGUGACACCUGUUUCGAGUGUGUUCAAAAACACUUACAGUUUCGAUCUCGGUUUCGAUCGUACCAGGAAAGACGUACAUCGAUUAAAGAAGGAAAGAUGAGCAGGAGGAUAGACAAAUUCUUCUUGUUGAUGUGGAAGAAUUUCUUAUUACAAUGGCGACAUCCUCGACAGACGAUAGUGGAAAUAAUGGCUCCAGUACUCUUCUGCUCUCUUUUGGUUGUAGUCAGAAGUCUGGUACAUCCCGAACCGCAUCCCGCCAGGUUCUACUCGAGCUUUCGAAAUGCCAUGCCAAUACUGACCAAUGCCACAACGAUAAACUCGAUCGCCUGGUCGCCAGACAAUCCGCGUUUGCGCAAGAUAAUGGAAGGUGCCGUUAAAGCAAUUUGUAAAGAUGAAGAUCCGCCGUGCUUUCUGUCGCUUCGGUCGUUUCCAAAUAGUUCAUCUUUACAAACAUACUUGAGCAACGAUCUUAAUCUGGUUGUCACUCUGGCUGGAGUGCAGUUUAGAGAUUCCUUAAGCGGAGAUGUAGAGCUGCCUGCUAAAGUAGACGUCACACUCAGAUUUCCAGGUGAACUGCGCUCGGGCAUCUCCUUGGGAGCCAAAGGAUUUGGUCAAUACAUGUGGAAGACGAAUCUGUUAUUUCCUUUGUAUCAAAUUGCGGGACCUCGCGGUUGGGACAUGAACGAGGGAGCCGAACCAAGCUACUACUAUGAAGGUUUCUUAAAAUUACAACAAGAACUUUCGUACGCCAUUAUAAAACAUUUCAAGGGCAAUUUCGACCGUUCAUCGGUGCCGGUGUCCAUGCAAAGGUUUCCUUACCCGAGAUGGAUACACGAUAUGCUGUUAACCGCUCUGCAGACGUUUAUUGGGUUGAUUAUUAUGCUGAGCUUUGUCUACACCUGCAUUAGCACGGUGAAGAUAAUAACGACUGAAAAAGAAAAACAACUGAAGGAGGCGAUGAAAAUUAUGGGUUUACCAAACUGGUUGCAUUGGACUGCUUGGUUUGUGAAAACAUUCUUCAUUAUGCUAGUCACGGUGAUACUAAUGGUGAUACUUAUGACUGCUAAAUGGUAUCCUGGGAGAAAUUACACGGUGUUCUCACAGUCGAAUCCACUUGUGAUAUUUGUAUUCCUGCUGUUUUUUAUAUGCGCAACUAUUACGUUUUGCUUUGCCAUUAGCGUAUUUUUUUCACGAGCAAACACUGCGGCCACGAUUGCAGGCAUGGCAUGGUUUUUAUCCUACUUUCCCUACACGUUUUUGGCAGACAGAUACGCUAGGAUGACGCUGACUGAAAAAUUGAUAACGUGCCUCUGUUCUAAUUCGGCGAUGGCAUACGGAUUCCAGUUGGUAAUCAUGUUCGAAGGCGUCGGUGAGGGUUUACAAUGGCACAACAUAUGGAAAACAUCAACUCCUGACGACAACCUCACUUUGGGUUAUCUUAUGUUGAUGUUAUCGGUUGACUGCGUUCUUUACCUCUUAAUCGCCUUGUAUGUAGAAGCCGUAUUUCCGGGCGAAUACGGUGUUCCAAAACCGUGGUACUUUUUUGUUACGCGAUCUUUCUGGUGUGGACCACGAGCGACCAAAGUUGAAGAUUUCCGAAAAACGCCUUUAGAAAGUUCAUUCUACGAAAAGGAGCCUACUCACCUUCGCGUCGGUAUCAAAAUUGAGCGAUUGCGGAAAGAAUACAAGCAAAAAAGAGUUGCCGUCCGAGAUCUCUCGCUUAAUAUGUAUCGAGACCAAAUUACAGUAUUAUUAGGGCAUAACGGUGCCGGUAAAACCACCACAAUGUCUAUGCUCACUGGAAUGAUACCACCCACUCGUGGAACUGCCUUCGUCGAUGGUCACGACAUCACCAAGGAUAUGACAAGCGUUCGAAGUAGUCUCGGUUUAUGUCCUCAGCACAACAUACUUUUUGACGAACUAACCGUUGAAGAGCAUAUCUACUUCUACACUCGACUUAAGGGUAUGGAUAAAUCAGAAAUUAAGGCCGAAAUCGAAAAGUACGUGGAAAUGCUGGAACUUCAACCGAAGAAACAUGCACGAUCGGAUACCCUGUCGGGUGGAAUGAAACGGAAAUUAUCGGUCGGCGUCGCGCUGUGCGGCCGUUCCAGCGUUGUAAUGUUCGAUGAACCAACGGCAGGUAUGGAUCCGGCGGCCAGACGAGCCCUGUGGGAUUUGCUGCAAGUUCAGAAAAAGGGACGUACCAUUUUGCUUACGACGCAUUUCAUGGACGAGGCCGACUUGUUGGGCGACCGAAUCGCCAUUAUGGCGGGAGGCAAGUUGCAAUGUUGCGGUUCGAGUUUUUUCCUGAAGAAGAAGUACGGAGCCGGUUAUCAUCUAAUCAUGGAAAAAAUGCCAACGUGUGAAAUCAGAAAUGUUACGAAUGUACUACAGAAGUAUAUGCCUCAGAUACAGGUGGAAAGCUGCAUAGGAUCAGAAUUGAGGUACAUACUAGCUGAGGAGCAAUCGACUAUAUUUGAAAAGAUGUUUAGUGACCUCGAAACAAACAGCGGGCGCUUAGGUCUUCAAAGUUAUGGUAUAUCCCUCACGACUUUGGAAGAAGUUUUCAUGAAAAUUGGAGCUGAUCAUGCGCAAGAAGAAAGUAGCGAGACUGACGGAUUAGAUGUAAUAAGUCACAGCUGCAAUGGCAAUUCUAUUCCUGAUAACCCUCAUAAAAACAACAACAUAAGCCCUACAGUCAUAUUCAAUGGUCAUCAGAAUGGGGAUCAUCACGUACGAAUUCAAACGCAUGCAGACGUACUGAAGGGGUGGGCGUUACGUGUCAAUCAAGUGAAGGCGAUGCUCCUUAAACGUUACCUAUCAAUUCUGCGCACCUGGGUCCUGUUCGUGAUACAAAACUUCGUCCCCGUACUAUUUUUGGUCCUAGCUAUUGUGGUCGUCCGCGGUGCGCAGGUAUUUCGCGAUUUACCCAAUUUGAAAAUCCAACUUGAAUCCUAUGGGCGAUCGGUAACCGUUUUAAAUCACAGCGAAUCGAAUCCGUAUGCAGAAAAAUACAAGGAAUUUUUGCAACACAGACUCAAGCAUGUUACAGACUUGGGAGGUGACGACUUAUCGUCUUACAUGUUUAAUGAGACUAUCGACAGCAAUACCGCUGUAAGACUACGUCACAUAGCCGGAGCUACGUUUAGGAAGGACAAUUCGAUAACUGCAUGGUUUAACAACGAACCGUACCAUUCACCACCGUUAGCUCUGCAACUGGUGAUGAACUCGAUUCUCCACAAAGAAGUCGGUAAUAACCACUACAUACAGUUUUACAACCAUCCUUUAGAAUUUACAAUAAACACCAAGCUAAUGGAUUUAGGCAGGGGUCGAAAUAUGGGUUUUCAAAUCGCUUUCAACAUUGGAUUCAGUAUGGCUUUCGUAUCCUCAUUCUAUGUGAUGUUUUACGUACGCGAACGGGUCUGUAAAGCGAAACAUUUGCAGUUUGUUUCCGGAGUUAACGUGCUUUCAUUUUGGGGCCCUUCGUUUCUGUGUGAUUUGAUUACUUUCAUAUUUACAUCUGUAUGUGUAAUUUUAACUUUGCUGAUAUUUCAAGAGGAGGGAUUUAGUACAGCCGCGGAACUAGGCCGCACUUUCUCAAUACUUCUGUACUUUGGAUUUUCUAUGCUCCCCAUGAUGUACUUGGCGUCGUACCUAUUUGAUAUUCCCUCAACGGGAUAUACCCGUAUGACACUCGUCAAUAUUUUCACCGGAGUUGCUGGGUUCCUUGUGGUACAGGUACUUGGAUCUCCAGGGUUGGAUUUAGAACACAUAGCAGAAAUUCUUCAUUGGCUCUUUCUCAUCAUACCUCAUUAUUCACUGAGCACCGGAAUUCGAGAUAUUAACGUGCUGUACUCCACUCAUCAGUUAUGCAACAGCAUUUUGGAGAGAUGUAUCAACUUCGAUCUGCCUGGAAUGCCACGCCUUUCACCGGCACUGUGUAAAGAAAGACUGUGUGCGUCCCAACCAAAGUGUUGCUCAACUCCUACAAAUUACUACGCGUGGGAAGCUCCCGGAAUUGGAAGGAACGUCAUUUUCUCCACCCUGGUAGGUUUAUUUUUAAUAGCGAUCCUCCUGUUAAUUGAAUACCGAAUACUGGAACGGUUACGAUAUGCCCUACAAGGCAAGAAGGUGCGCUCAAAUCCUCCGCCAAUUGAAAAUGAGGACAGUGACGUAAUAACCGAAAAAGAAAAAAUUCAAAAUAUGUCGGCAGAGGAGAUUAAAGAACACAGCUUAGUUUUGAAAGACGUGACAAAGUAUUACAAGAACUUUCUGGCUGUCAAUAGGAUCUGUUUGUCGGUGAAUAGGUACGAAUGCUUCGGUUUGCUCGGCGUGAAUGGCGCCGGUAAAACGUCCACGUUUAAAAUGAUGACCGGCGACGUGAAAAUUUCCGAAGGUGACGCGUGGGUAAACGGUUUAAGCUUGAAAUCGAAAAUGAAAGAAAUCCAUCAGAUGAUCGGAUACUGUCCGCAGUUCGACGCACUUCUCGACGAUCUGACCUGCAAGGAGACUUUGAUCAUCUUCAGCUUGCUGCGCGGAUUUACGAUGAGCGAUAGCGAACUGAUCGCGCAAAAGCUCGCUGAAGAUUUCGAUUUCACGCGGCAUUUGCGUAAGAAGGUUAAGCAGCUAAGCGGCGGGAACAAGAGGAAAUUAAGUACUGCGGUUGCGAUGAUAGGUAAUCCGCUUGUUUUGUAUCUGGAUGAACCGACAACCGGUAUGGAUCCCGCAACGAAACGAUACUUAUGGAACGCUUUGUGCAAAGUGAGAGACCAGGGCACGUGCAUUGUACUUACUUCUCACAGCAUGGAUGAAUGUGAAGCUUUGUGUACGCGAUUGGCGAUUAUGGUGAACGGUUCCUUUAUGUGCUUGGGUUCAACUCAGCACCUCAAAAGUAAAUUUUCGGAGGGCUACACACUUAUUGUAAAAGUCAAAAAAAUGAGUAACUCAGAGUCUGAAGAACUCCAAAAAUCCGAUACAGAUCCCAUCGAGGAGUUUGUCAUGGAAAAUUUCCGAAGCGCGAUUAUUCGCGAAAAGCACCAAGAACUACUCACAUUUUACAUAUGCGACAAAUCUUUGCCAUGGUCAAAGAUGUUUGGUAUUAUGGAGAGGGGUAAACAGACAUUAAAUAUUGAAGACUAUUCUCUAGGUCAAUCCAGUUUGGAACAGGUAUUCUUGACCUUUACAAAACAUCAACGUGAAGAAGAGAGUUAACGAAUGGUCCAACUUUAUUAUCAUGAAUAUUAUGGCUAUCUCGAAACAUACAUAUUCCAAGUUCCAACUAACUUUUUAAGAUUCAACACAAAAUGUAAAUCUUCAGUAGAUGACGACAGUGAAAUCAUCCCUUUUAAAGUUAUUUUACUUUUGUUUGAUGGUUGAUUAAAUAUUCUGAAAUGUGCCAUUUUACGGCAAACAAUGUGAUAAUAGAUUUCUAGUUAACAAUCAUAUUAUAAUUCUAUAUUAUUGUAUCAAGAUACAUAGCCGUGAUUGCAAUUUUUGUCAUUUUUAAAACGAGAUAGAUAAAUGAAAAAGUGCCUCUCAAUCAAGUAUUUUUAUAAAUAACUUUUAUAUAAUUACCUAAGUAUUUACUUUACCAUUUAUUGUCACAAAACUUCUCUUAUCUAGUCACGAGGUGUGCAGCAUUAUAUAAGAUAUAUAGGA